AUGGCCGCUGACGUGCACCGCCUGGUUUCGCGGCAAGGCGCCGCCCUCGCCGGCUGCUGCUGCCACACUGCUGCCCUGGCGUGUGUGUCCAACGACUCUGGCUUUGCGGCCAUGCUGCGGUUUGCAGCCAGCCGUGGUGUGGCCACGCUGGCGGUGACGGAUCCGCUGAGGACGCGGCGGCGGCCGCCCUGGGCACCUCCGCCAGAUUAUGGUCGCCACCCGCUGCCCGCGGCGGCCGGCAGGUGCCUGGUCUGGGACGAGCGUUGGCUGCCAGAGGAGCAGCAGGCGGCGGAGGAGGCGGAGCUGGUGAUAGGCUGGGCGAAAGAGGCCGGCCUGCCGCUGCCGCCGCUGCCGUGCGCGGGCAGCGUGGCAGGGACCUGGACCGCCGAGCCACCAGACUGA